AUGCUCGGGUUUGACUUCCAGAAGCCAGAGGUGACCACCGUGAUCCGAUGGCUCCUGCGAGUGGUGCUCGUGCUCUUUCUGGCUUGGUUGGUACGGCAAAGAUCAGAGCAGGAAGCAGAAGAGGAGGAGGAGGAGAAUGAGUCGGAACUAUCAGAUGCGCGAGCGCGAUCCAACGGCCUCAGGUCUCGGGGCAACAGUCGUCCAGUCUCGCGGUUGCAGCCUAGACGCGAUCCGUACGCGACGGCACCCCGGCAAAGAAAAGGAGUUGCUUCCGGCACGGAUGCAGCUGACUUCGAUUCCAUCAUAGAGAAGGUCUCCAAGCCGAAGGAGAUGUGGCAGCCACGCAAAAGUGGCGAGCCUUUGGAGCUCAGACGAUCGCAAGGCGAUGCCGAUCCGGGUGUGACCGAGCGACCAGCUGUGACUGUCAAUAAGCCGGGGCACGAUGCUCAAGGUCCCACACUUCGCGGGCAUGAACGGCCGGUGACUUUCAUCACAUUCAACCACGAGAACAAUCUGCUUUUCUCCUGCGGCAAGGACAAGCUCGUUUGCGUCUGGAGCUUUCCGGAUGGAGAGCUUCUUGGCAGCUACCGGGGCCACAACGGAGCCGUGUGGUCCUGCAGUGCUACCUUUGACUCCAGGUGGCUUGUGACAUGUGGCGCAGACCGGCUCGUCAUCGUCUGGGAGGCUCAUACCUCCAGGGAGCUGGCCCGCGUUGAACUUCCUGGUGUUGUGCGAUGUGUAGAAUGGGCUGGAGCAGCUCCUGGUGUGAAUGCUUCGGACGUCAGUGAGCGCUUUGUGACUGCACACAAUCGCUUUGGUGCACAUCCCCCUGCAUUGACCGUUUGGCGCUUCGAUGGCAAAUCCAUCCAGGAGCUUCGUGUCAUCUCCAAGCUCCCUUCGGCGGCACUCCAGGUGAGAUGGGGCAGGGCCAACUACUUCAUUGCAAGCGCACACGACAGUGGCGAGCUGAUUUUUUGGCGAGCAGACACUGGUGCUGAAGUGAAGCGGCUGAAGGCUCACGAUGCCGGCAUUUCGAAGUUUGACUUCAAUGAUGACCGCGAGCUUGUGGCUACCGUCUCACACGACAUGAGUGUCUGUAUUUGGGACAUCGGAAAAGGGACCGAGUGGAGGAUGUUGUACAAGGCGCAGACGGACCGGCCGCUGAAUGCCGUGGCCCUGGGACCGCUGUCACAGAAGCAAGCCCUCGGCGCUCCAGCUGAGCGUCCAGGGUGUAUUUGCGUGGUCGCCGCUGGUGGCCAGGACGUCCGGGACGUUGCUCGGAGCAGCAGUGCCACCGAACAGUUCGGGACGCUACUCUUCCGCCUGGGAGCAGCCGAGAAGUUGCCAAGUGAUCUCAAGGCGGAUGGUGUCACCAACAAAGGUCACUUUGGUCCUGUCCACACCUUGGCCUUUGCCGGCGACGGCUCGGCCAUCGCCUCGGGCUCCGAGGACGGCUUUGUGCGAGUGCACAUUUUUGACAAGGAGGAGUGGCAGCCUGAGAAGCGCCAUCGUGCUGUUGUCUGA